AUGGCGUUAGCUUUGUGUGUAUUUUUGUGCGCUUGCACUAGUGCGUUAGGGUUUAACGUAGAUAUACCAUCAAGGGUGGUUUAUAAGGGUAGUCAGAAUUCUAUGUUUGGAUUUACGGUUCAGGCGCAUGUUGACGGCGAUAGAAAAAUGAUUCUAGUGGGUGCUCCAGAAGAUCAGCUGUAUUCUUCAUAUGAGUAUAACGUGACUCGUCCAGGUGCAGUCUACCGCUGUGAGCCUGGAUUCCGCAAUUACGGCUCGGAAGGGGCCAUCAGGAUACUUGACAGGUGCUCACCUAUGCAGUUCGACAAGAAUCCAAGAAACAACGAGGAUCGUCAAGGUCGUCCUAUUGACCAGAAAUCGAAUCAGUGGUUUGGUGCUACGCUUACCAGCACAGGGCGAAAUGGACCUAUCCUGGCAUGCGCCCCUCGCUACGUAUCCUUCGUGUCAGCCAAGCUGAACCAGAGAGAUCCAGUGGGCACAUGCUUCGUGGCCAACUCUCCAGACCUCAACGAAGUUAGAGAAUUCUCACCUUGUCGAAUUUCGAGCCAUGGACAACGUAAGACUGGCAUGUGCCAGGCAGGUUUCUCGGGAGCGAUUUCAAAGGACGGACAGAGACUGUUCAUGGGUGCUCCAGGAAGCUUCUUCUGGCAAGGGCGAUCGUUUUCAAUAGAUCCGAAAGAGUCGUUCUUCUACUAUAUGCCGAAAAUACCGGAAGAAGGUCAGCUGAUGAGUCAGACCAUGGGUAACAGACCCGCUCUAAUCGCAACUCCAGAAGCCAGUCCCAAAUAUGACGACUCUUACAUGGGUUAUUCAAUAACUGUUGGAGAUUUCGCCGGCCAGGGUAUCCAGAGUGUGGCUGUUGGUGUACCUAGAGCAGCAGAAUUAAAAGGCUUGGUUGUGCUGUACACUUGGGAAUUAGAAAACAUCAAAAACAUCAGUGGCUCUCAGAUUGGAGCUUACUUUGGCUACAGUCUUGCCUCUGGAGAUAUUGACGGCGAUGGUUUCGAUGACGUCAUAGUCGGUGCUCCUAUGUUUACUAGGAAGAAGGUUGAUGGCUUCGAACAUGGAAGGAUUUAUGUUAUUUAUCAAGAUAAAGAUAGAUCUUUCACGAGGAGUCAUGCUAGAACCGGUGAAGUGUCCCGCGGUAGAUUUGGUUUAGCUGUAACAUCACUUGGUGAUAUCAACUACGAUGGAUUUGGAGACAUUGCUGUUGGAGCUCCAUACGGCGGCGAGAAUGGCCGCGGUGUGGUCUACAUCUACCAUGGCAGCGAACUUGGAAUUUCAGAGAAAUACUCCCAGGCAAUCACAGCUGAAGAAAUUUCUCCCACUCUUAGCACUUUCGGCUUUUCGUUAUCUGGAGGAGUUGAUCUUGACAACAACAAUUACACGGACCUUGCUGUUGGGGCUUACAAAUCUGAUAGUGUUGUGUUUUUGAAGUCCCGACCCGUGGUAAAAGUAUCUGCAGAUGUGAAGUUCCUCAGCGAAAGCAAACUCAUCUCACUUACAGACAAACAUUGUCCUAUGGCUAACGGCACGAAGGUCGCGUGCGCGCAGGUCAUGUUCUGUCUUACGUAUGGAGGCGUCAAUGUCGACCAGCAAAUUAAGUUUGAAGUUACCUUAGACUUGGACUCACGACAGAAUAUAACAAAGCGGCUCUUCUUAGUGGAAACAAGAGAGACGACAUACAAGACGCAGAUGCAGCUCACACAGGGACAACAAGAAUGCAAGAAUAUCAUCGUAUAUCUAGAUGAGGAAAUUCGUGACAAACUGACACCGAUUGAAGUGACGAUGUCAUACGACCUGGUGUCCCAGCCCACCGGCAACAUUGUACCGCCUGUGCUGGAUCAAACCAGGGGCAUAUUCCAUGCAGAUUCGCUCAAUAUUAUAAAGAAUUGUGGUCCCGACAACAUUUGUGUGCCAGAUCUUAGGGUAGCUGCUACAACACCAACAAUAAACUACAUCCUGGGUUCAGGCGAAAACAUUAACAUCGACGUCAAAGUGGAGAAUUCUUUAGAGGAUGCUUUCGAAGCUUCAUACUAUUUACUCAUUCCUCCUGGAGUUACAUACUCCAAGAUGGAACGACUGGACCAAGAUAACUCCAACACGCCCAUUUACUGCUCCAUCAGCAAUAGAUUUAUUAAUGGAAAUACUACAUUGAAGUGUGACCUGGGUAACCCUAUGGCUAGUGGACAGAAGCUUAAUUUCCGCAUCAUCCUAGAAGUUGAUGCUAGAGUCACAUCACUCAGCUUCGACAUGGAAGCCAACUCGACCAACCCUGAACAGAGCACUACGUUUGACAAUAUCAUGCAUAUGAACAUUGCAGUAGUAAUUAAAGCUCAGCUGUCUGUAAUAGGAACCUCAGAUCCGCCAGAAUUGCACUACAACGCGUCUCUAUAUGAAACAGAAAACAUUAAAGAUGACACCAAACUGGGACCACAGGUCAUUCACAAAUACAACAUCAAGAACGAAGGACCCUUCACCGUUGACGAGACAGAAAUUUACUUCAUGUGGCCUUACCAGACUCUUGAAGGUGAAAAUCUGAUGUACAUGCUGGUCCAGCCUCAGUGGUUUGGUAACGUAGUGUGCGACAUCGCGCGCCAUGUUAACCCCGAGAAUCUGUUUGUGCAGAAUCCUUACGCGUUCCUGCUCACUAAGGAGAAAGACGCUAUUGUAAGCGGUGAUCAAUACAGUGCUGGUGGCAGUGGAUAUUACGGACAAGUUUACUGGGAACAAUCUUCCAGUGGUAGCAAGGUCAACGGUGGUGACUCCUCUAGUACUUCUGGUGGUCAAUUCAGCCAAUCCCAAGGUCAAGGACAGUUCAAUACCGAUCAAAGUUCUAGCGGACAUUUCAGUAGCAGCUCGAGCUCUAGUGGUCAAUUCAGUGGUACUCAAGGAAGUACAAAUUUUGAUGGAAGUCAAGCUGGUGGUCAGUACGGGGGCCAAGGUGGUCAAUCAGGGAACUCAUUCUUUUAUAACAAAACUUAUAACUCUUAUAACGAGGGACUGAGUGCCGAAGAACAGGAACAGAUAAGAAGGAAUCUGGCAGCAGUAGCACAGGGAACCAUCAGCCAAGGAUCUAGCGGUAGGUAUGGCCAAGGCAGCCAGUCCCAAGGUUCAGGCUGGACGAGUCAAGCAGGCUCUGCUCAGGGAGGAUUCGGCCAAGGCCAAGUUGUGAGGGUAAAGAACAAAACGAUUAUCUACGAUGAGAACCAUAACAUUAUUUCUGAGACUGAGACCAGCACUGAAUACGGGAAUCUAGGACAUGAAGGAGAACCUGGUAGCUCAUUCAGUGUAUAUGCUAACCAAGGUGGCGUGAAUCAAGCUUCUUCUCAGGGGUCCUGGCUUGAGAAUUCUCAAGGAUCUGGUACUUAUGGUGCUGGAACCUAUAACCAAGGAUCUCAAGGCUACAAUCAGGGCUCAGGCAGUUACAGUCAGAACUCAGGAAGCAAUGCUCAAGGCGCUAGAGGGUCGGGCCAGACUUUCGUUCACGGUUCAUGGGCAACAACUGAAACAGUGAAUCCCGAAGUAGCCAAAGCUGAUUCAUCAACCUUUAGAGGAUCGUCCAGUGUUACUGUAGUUGGUGAUGAGGAAGAAGACAGUCUUGAAGGGUUUGGAAGCAGUGCAGCAUAUAAUCCUAAUAAUGAGUUUAGAUAUGGUGUCGCUGAUGUUUCUGGAAGCGGCAGUAGCCAAGGUAGUGCUGCAGCUGGAGCCGUACAUAGUGGAAGCCGUCAGGCUAGUGGUAGAAGCUAUAAUUCUGGAGGUGGUACUUACCAAUCUGGAGGUGGUUCCUACCAAUCCGGCGGUGGUGUUUACCAGUCUGGUGAUGGAAGUUACCAGUCAGGAGGUGGGAGUACCCAAAAUGGUGGCUCAUACCAGAGAAGCGGUAGCAGUUACUCUUAUUCUUCGCAGUCAGGUGGCCAAACAUCAUAUGGUUCUAAUUCUGGAAGCAGUUAUAGCUCUUCUGAACGCCGAGAGCAGACCAGAAGACGGCGUCAGGACGAGGUGGAUCCCCAACUUAAGAAAAUCUUAGAGAAGUGUGAAGAGAAAUACAAAUGCGAGGUACUGAGGUGCACCACUGGACGUAUGAGGAAGGGAGAAGAAGCAUGGUUCGCGUUCCGAUCCAGGAUUAAUGCAUCGGUGCUUAGUGAAAUAUCAAAAGAGCGCGCGGUGAUUCUAUCGACGCUGGCGGCGGCGCGCGUGUCUCGGCUGCCGAUGGUGGGGCGGCCGGCGUCGCCGGGCUGGCGCACGGCCGAGGCUUCGACGGUGGUGACGCCGCAGCUCGAGGCACUGGACAGCGGCGGCAUCCCACUUUGGGUCGUCGUGCUUGCUGCCGUCAUCGGUGCACUGCUCCUUCUGCUGCUCAUCUUUUUGCUUUACAAAUGUGGGUUCUUCAAACGCAACCGCCCUUCGGAUCAUGCAGAGCGACAGCCUUUAAACGGUCGUGACGAGCAUCUUUGA